AUGGAGGAAUUAACCAGCGUUUUAACUGCAGUUCUUCGAGGAAUUCAGCAGCAACCCCAACAAGCCGCAGCGGCGCCGGUGGUGCCAGCACCCUCUGCGCCAAUUAACAUUCCAGCUUUCGAUCCCUCAAAAAGCGAUGCGGGAGCGAUGGGUUGGUGCGACGAUAUGGAGACCUUGGCGACCACGUUCAAGUGGACUGAUUUUGAACAGCUUUGCAGAGCCGCGGGUGCCCUGGAAGGUGACGCAAAGGAUUGGUAUGACAACUGGCACCCGUCAAAUAAAGUUUGGGCUAGUUUCUGGGCCGAGCUUUGUCAGCUUUAUCCUGCGAAGAGGAAUCUUAGUGAGCGGUUACGUAAAGCUAGUAUAUACAGAAGUGACCAAGCCACGGGAUAUUCAUCUGUUACAAGACUGACUAUGACUAACCACCUUGCCCACAAAAACACAUCGCAGCACAUCGGAAUAUUCACGGUCGCCAGAAGUAAACAAAACAUAUUCAAUAGACAAAACAUAUUCAAUAGACAAAACAUAUUCGAUGGCGUAGCGUAG